UUAUUUGACCAAUGGUCAGCAACAUCCUUUGGCGAAACUAUGGAAAGUAAAUGAUGGUGAUGUACCCAGAUUAUUGGAACUAGAGAGGAAUUUGAUCGAACUAGAUAAUAUUUUAAGACAAAUAUUAGAACAGGAUGACUAUAUUACAAACUUUGCGGGAACAUAUAUAAAUUUAUUGAAUGAAAGUAUAGUUGUCAUGACAGUAAACUUUUCUAAGUUCAAUGAUCUAUUAUCUUUGCCUGAAAUAAAUCCUCAUAGGAAUUCUCUACGUCGUGAAAAUGCAACCAUUUCCAUGUUUCAUUUGAGAGACAAUUUUAGACAAAUAAAUCAA